UCGCGCUUCCAACGAACCCAAAAUUUCCUCCUCCUCCCCAAUCUCCCUCCGUCUUUCCAAUAUUUGGAGCCAAAACACGGCGCGAUCUGUGCCACCCCGCCACACGACACCAUAUUUUUAAAGUCCAUUAAUUACUUAAACCAAUAAUAAUACUCUUUAAAACCCCAUAAAAAAUAUUUUUAAAAAAUAUAAUAACCAUCUCGCCUUCCACAAAACAAGACCUCUUCCUUUCCUUGUCCGUCUAUAACUAUAAUAGUAGUAAUAAUAAUAAUUUCACAUCGACUCUAAUUACCCUUCGCCAACUUUUAUUUUAAUCUCUUUUGCUUAAAUUUAAAUAUUCGAAUUCGAAAUUUCUUUCAGUGUUUUGUUUGGAAGAUGGAUAAAGCAGGGAGAAGCGUGGGAAUUUUGUAGCUUCUUCCUAUUUUGUGUUUCAUUGUAUCAAUCGGGACUUUUUUAGGGUUUUUAAUCGGGAUUCCGGUGCGCGUGGUUUUCAAUUGCGCAACCAUCGACAACCGAAUACUCUACAUCUAGUUGGGGCCUUUUGUUUUGAUGUGAAUUAGGGUUUUGGUUGACGUGCGUAGAUAGAUAGGGGAGAUGAUAAUCAAACGGACGUCGAAACUUGAAAUGCCGAGUAUGAAACGCUGCAAGAUGGAAGAAGCGAGCUGCGACGACUACGAAGAAGACGAUAUAUACUACGAUUAUAACGCGAACCCCAAGAAAUUGAAAUCGAAUUGUUACUAUUCCUACGGCGAAUUCGAAGAUAUCAGCAGCGGCUCAGGUUAUUGGAGCAGCGAGGGGUCAUACUGGGCUGGUGAAUUCGAGUCGAAUUCACUGAAUGUGAAUAAAGCAAAGCAAUCUAAGAAGAGUUCCAAGAAGAGUGUGAAGCCUCCGUUACUGAAAUCAUCUAGAGGAAGAACUCAAAUGCUUCCUUCCAGAUUCAACGACGCCCUUCUUGAUUCAUGGAAAAACGGCGAAUUGAGUGUCGAUUACGAGGAUUUGAGCUUGGAGGACGAUGAAUUUGAUAGUGGAAGGUCUGAAUUUGAUGGGUCGAGAUAUAUGAAAGAUAUUCGAUAUGGAAGCUCGGAUUUGUAUCUAAUUAGUAAGAAAAGAGAGGAAAGAGAAAUGGAUUAUGUAGGAACUAAUAGUAGUUUUGAUUAUGGGAAUUAUUUGAAUUCUUCUUUGGCAUUGCCCGGAACGGAGGAGUUUGUGCCUGGGUAUAAUGGUUAUAAGGGUUUAGAGAAAUUGAGAAAAGGGAGAGCUGGAAAAAGGAAAGAUGUGUAUAAGCCUGAGGAUUUUGCUUUGGGUGAUAUUGUUUGGGCGAAAUGUGGGAAGAGAUACCCUACUUGGCCAGCUAUUGUGAUUGAUCCGAUAUUGCAAGCUCCUGAAGCGGUCUUGAGUUGUUGUGUUCCUGGUGCUAUUUGCGUUAUGUUUUUUGGGUACUCGAAAAAUGGAACUCAGAGGGACUAUGCAUGGGUGAAACAAGGAAUGAUAUUCCCCUUUGCGGAAUUCAUGGACAGAUACCAGGGGCAGACCCAGUUUUACAAGUGGAAACCAAGUGAUUUUCAGAUGGCACUGGAGGAGGCAAUUUUGGCAGAAAAUGGUUUCCUAGACUCAGGCCAUAAGACCCAGCAAUUAGGAUACCCUGAAGCUCAACCCAGUGGUUCAAGUCAGGAUCUGGAUUAUUUAUGCUCUCAAAACCAGGAUGCAAGACCUUGCGACAGCUGUGGCUCAGUUGUCCCAUUGAAAACUAUGAAGAAAAUGAAGAAAUCUGCUUAUGAGGCUGAGCUUUUGUGCAAACAUUGUGCUAAGCUGCGGAAAUCAAAGCAGUAUUGUGGCAUAUGCAAGAAGAUAUGGCACCAUUCCGAUGGUGGCAAUUGGGUCUGUUGUGAUGGUUGUAAUGUGUGGGUACAUGCGGAAUGUGACAACAUCACCAGUAAACUUUUCAAGGAUAUGGAGCAUACGGAUUACUACUGCCCUGAAUGUAAAUCAAAGUUCAAGCCCAAAUCAUACUUAGUGAAAAGAGAGCCAAAAAACAAAUCUACGGAAAAAGGGGGGGAAAGUGGUGUUCCUCCUGACAAGCUAACUGUAGUCUGCAAUGGCAUGGAAGGAACAUAUAUUCCAAAACUUCAUUUAGUUCUAUGUGAGUGUGGGGCAUGUGGGUCAAAGAAGUAUACGCUCAGUGAAUGGGAACGGCAUACAGGCUGUAGAGCCAAAAAAUGGAAGUACAGUGUGAAAGUCAAGGACACAAUGAUACCUCUGGAAAAAUGGAUUGUUGAAUAUAAUGCCUUUGGUGUAAAUACUAUGAAGUUAGAUAAGCAGAAGUUGAUGGGUUUUUUGCACGAAAAAUAUGAGCCUGUUGAUGCAAAAUGGACGACAGAAAGAUGUGCCAUUUGUAGAUGGGUUGAAGACUGGGACUAUAACAAAAUUAUUAUCUGCAACAGGUGUCAAAUAGCUGUUCACCAAGAAUGUUAUGGGGCAAGCAAUGUUCAAGAUUUAACUUCUUGGGUUUGUAGAGCUUGUGAAACACCUGAUAUUGAGAGGGAGUGUUGCCUCUGCCCUGUAAAAGGGGGUGCUCUGAAGCCUACCGAUGUUGAGUCACUGUGGGUUCAUGUCACAUGUGCCUGGUUCCGGCCUGAAGUUGGUUUCUUGAAUCAUGAGAAGAUGGAACCUGCUGUUGGAAUCAUUAAAAUUCCAUCAAGUUCAUUUUUGAAGAGUUGUGCGAUUUGUAAGCAAACUCAUGGCUCCUGCACCCAGUGUUGCAAGUGUGCAACUUAUUUUCAUGUGAUGUGUGCAUCAAGAGCAGGAUAUAGCAUGGAACUACACUGCUCAGAGAAGAAUGGAAUACAAAUGACGAAAAAGUUAGUGUAUUGUGCUGUUCACAGGAGCCCGAAUCCAGAUGCAGUUGUUGUCAUGCAUACUCCUUCAGGGGUUUUUGCUGCCAGAAACGUACUUCAGAAUGAAAAUGAAUGUCUUAGAGGUUCAAGGUUAAUUUCAUCAAAAAAUGCGGAGCUCCCUGGAUCCCCAGCUCCAGAAACCAAUGAGUUUGAUGCAUACUCUGCUGCAAGAUGCCGUGUUUUUAGAAGAUCAAAAUUUAAGAGGGCUGAAGGGGAGCCAAUAUUUCACCGACUGAGUGGGCCAAGUCAUCAUACUCUAGAUGCAUUAAGUGCAUUGAGCACGUAUAAAGAAGUAGAUGAUUCUACCGUUUUCUUGUCAUUUAAAGAACGACUAUUCCAGUUACAGAGAACUGAGAAUCACCGAGUUUGUUUUGGCAAAUCUGGUAUUCAUGGAUGGGGCCUCUUUGCACGUAGGAACAUUCAGGAAGGAGAAAUGGUCAUUGAGUAUCGUGGUGAGCAGGUUAGGCGUAGUGUUGCAGAUCUUAGAGAGGCACGGUAUCAUUCUGAAGGAAAAGAUUGCUAUCUGUUCAAGAUCAGUGAGGAAGUAGUGAUUGAUGCCACCAACAAGGGGAAUAUUGCACGCUUAAUCAACCAUUCGUGCAUGCCCAAUUGCUAUGCACGGAUCAUGAGUGUUGGUGAUGAGGAGAGUCGGAUAGUUCUUAUUGCUAAGACUGAUGUGUCUGCUGGUGAUGAGCUAACGUAUGAUUAUUUGUUUGAUCCCGAUGAGCAUGAUGAACUAAAAGUUCCUUGCCUAUGUAAAGCUCCCAACUGCCGGAGGUAUAUGAAUUAAUGUCUAUACUCCUCUUUACCUACAGAAGAAGCAUUAAAGAGCUCCGAACAUGGGGAACCUCUCCCCAUUGACAUAUUUGAUAAAAUCAGAACCGAAACAGAUGAGGAAUGCCACAGUGUUUGUCACACAUUGAGCUUGUCAUUCUUUCCUUUUUUUCCCCAUAACCUCAUUUUUUUGUAAUUCUUUACGAAUAAUAUGUAAAUUUACCAGCUCUUCGGCUGGUGGCUUUUAUUGCAUGGAUGUUGUUGCACUUGCACCUUAUACCAUCUUACCUUACAAUGUGACGCCUACGCCAUUUUAUAUACUAGAAUGUACUCAUGUGCGGCGCACACAAAUACAAUAAUACAUAUUGUAAUAAUUA